AUGCCCAUGCCCAAAGUCAUUGCCUCGAGUGUCGAGACCGAUACCAAUACCGUAGACGCCGAAUUCAUGAUCAUGGAUGUCAUGCCGGGGGCGCUUGGGUAUAUAGCACGGGAGGUGUGCAAGCUGGAUUUCGGAGCGUUCGGUUCGCUUUACCUCAACACCAAGAAUAGGCCAUUGGGAGCACUGGCAAUCGGCGACAAAUAUUGCAUCGGUCCUCAUUGUGGCCCGCAGUACUGGACCAGUGGAGGGGUGCGUUCAGAGCAGGGGACGGGAGCCAAAGAGCCGAGAGGGCGAUGGCAGGAUCUUACCACAUACUUCUCCGACCUUGCUGAUGACCACAAAUCGCUUCUGGACAUUAGCGCAAAGACAUGCAAAUCGAUCACGAAAGUCCCUACCAUCCAGGCCGCUUCCAAGCCAACACUGUUCCACCCAACCAGCAUCCUAGGUCUCAUCGACUGGCAAACCACCGCAAUCGAGCCAGCCUUCGUGCAUUGUGUCGAGACACAGGACUUUGCAGAGGAGCUGCAGUUCGACGAGUUGUUCGACCCCGAACCGAGUCAAGAGUCGCUGGAGAUGCAACAGGAGGCUCGAAACUGCGGGUACGCCUGGGCUGUCAUGUCGUACGUCUGUGCCAAACUGAAGCCUGGAUUCGACCUGGACCCUUCAGUGCUCAAGCUUCUCGCUGCUGGAUCGUCGGGCUGGCUGAAGGAUGAGGUUGUGCUUCGCUCCAUACUUGCGCAUCUCGACAGAAAGUGGGCAGAGCUCGAUACGCCGGGAAAGAGCCUGUACCACUCGAGCGAGCUGGAGACAAAAGCUUUGGCCGAGGCUGAAGACGAGCGGGUUACUUCGCGGAGGUUGCGUACGCAUUUGGCGCGGUUGCUCGACUGCGGUACGGAUGGCUGGGUGGAAGGGAGUAAUUGGGAGGAGACUCUGGUCAAGUAUCGGGCAGAGUGGAACAGAUUCCGAGAUUCGUGUGUGGAGAAUCGGGAGGAGCAUGAAAGCGAGGAGGACGCCGUUGCGGCGGCGGAGCGGCUGUGGCCGUGGGAUAUUACUGAGAGACCGACUUGGAAUGAAACGAAUUUUGGCUUUGCCCACCGUCAAUCAGCGGUAGCCUCUCCAGUAAGCAGGAAUAGCAUGAGCUCGCAGGGAGCGUAUUGCGAACGUGUCGUUGCUCCGAGACGGUGA